GUGAGCUGGGAGAAGUAGACCCUACUCGGGGCCGCUGGUGAUGGCUCUGCAACUAGGACUCUUAUUUGAGUAUUAGUAACACUCAGUGACUGACGAAUACAAGAGAGGCAGUCGUGCAACGGGGCCAUAAUUUAAGAAACUGGAAGAGAGUGUUUUAUCUGAGGAGAAGCUGACUGUCAGGGGCCCUUCACCAGAUGCCCCUCCAACAGGUCUGCCGGCUCGAGUCAGAGAGAUUGUCACUAAGAACCUCAGUGAUAACACACCAGGCACCAUGUCGUCAGUCAUGUCUCUACAGGAGGAGAAUCGUGUGCUUCAAGGAGAACUGUCCAAACUUGAGGAUUUACUUGCCCAUAGCAGAGCAGACAGGGAUGAACUCGCCAUCAAGUACAGUGCUAUCAGCGAGAGGCUUGAGCAGACAUUGCGGUUUGACUCCAGUGAUGGGGAGCAAACCUCAGAGUCCAGAAGCCUGGUCCAACAGAAUGUGGACCUGCGCAGACGACUGGACGAGGAACAGGCUUCAUACAAACGCAAACUCACUGCCUACCAGGAGGGGCAGCAGAGGCAGGCUCAGCUGGUGCAGAAACUACAAGCAAAGGUUCUUCAAUACAAAAAGAGGUGUGGGGAUCUGGAGCAGGUGCUGCAAGAGAAAAACUCAGAACUCGAAAAGCGCAAACUGAGUAGUGACAGUGAAACCUCAAAUGGCCACCAUCAAGAUGAAUCUAACAACAACUUGGAAGAAGCAUUAAUCCAUCUAGAGGAAGAACAACAGAGGAGCAGUAGUCUCUCUGCUGUGAACGCCAUGCUGAGGGAGCAGUUGGAGCAGGCCAGUUUGGCAAACGAGGCUCUGAGCCAAGACAUUCGCAGACUGACUGUGGACUGGACCAAAGCCCGAGAAGAGCUAGAGCAAAGAGAGUCUGACUGGAGGAGAGAGGAGGAGUCUUUCCAAAGUUAUUUCAGCAGUGAGCACAGUCGGCUGCUCAUGUUAUGGAGGCAGGUGGUCUGGUUCAGGAGACACAUCUGUGAAAUGAAGACCUCAACUGAAAGAGACUUGUCAGACAUGCGUAAUGAGCUGUGCCGCGUGUCUCACUCGGCCCAGCUGUCUUGUGCAGGUCUGUCUGCAUCCCUGGUCAGUCGAGAGGGAGGUGCAACCCUGGCUCUAGAGAGAGAGAUGGCUCUGAGGCUUCAAUUAGAGCAGCAACUAAGAGAGAGGGUCACAGAAACGAUGAACCUGCAGACGAGGACAGAUGCAGAGAGGAGUGAACUCAACAUCAGGUUGUCUGAAUCUGUCCGCGAGGGAGAGAGGCUCAGGAGCCAAAUAGAUGAAAAGGAAAGAGAAAUUGCGACACUUACGAGAAGACUUGAGGAGCAGAGUGGUUCUGAUGAGACUGAGCUGCAAACAGUGAGGACACAUAUUGAGAUACUGGUCGACACGCUGAGAGACAUCGCUCAGGUUGUGUUGACAGAUGGGGAGUCCUCCUCAGAAGCAGACCAGGACCCGGGAGCCCCUCUCCUGGCUCUGGUCCACCGACCCUCAGCCUCUCGUCGCUUGUCCUCUCCUUCACGUCUCUCCUCUGGGACGCUCCUGCCUGAAGGGGUGCUCUCUGCCCUGCGCUCUGCAGUCACCAACAGACAGCUACAGCUGCAGGAUUUUCGUGGGAGACUGCAGUCAGCUCAGUCUUCGAUUCAGCAACUCCGAAAGCAGCUCUCAGAUUCUGAUAUGACUAAAAAAGAGUUGGAGCAGAAGAACCAGUCGCUGCAGCGGGAACGGGACAGUGCUCAGAAAGAGAGGGAGGCUGUGCAGAGGGAGAGGGACAGAGUCAAACAAGAGAGAGACAUUUUGGCCAGUGACAAGGUGAGCUUGGAGAAGUCCUUACAGUCCGCUCAGUCCACUGCACAGAUGCUGCAGAUGGAAUGUGAGAAGCUGCAGUUGUCCGUGGCAGCAGUGCAGCGUGAACGGGACACAGACAGAGAAGAGAGAGAGGUCACAGCACUGGAGAGGGACCAUGCCCGGGCAGAGGCACAGCGCAUACAGAAACAAUGGGAGCAGAGUGAGAGUCGUGCCUCAGCCCAGAAAGGAGAGCUGUCUGUAAUAAAGGAGACUUGCCAGCAAGGGGAGGUAGAGAGGCAACUGUUGGAGCAAGCAAAGGACCAACUAUCCAAGGCUCUUGCUCAAGCGGAGAGUCGUAAUGCAGAGCUGUCCCUGUUGUUAAACAAACUACAGUCUGAGGAGGCAGCGCUCAGAGACUCUUUGACAAAAAUGGGAAACUUAAACGAGGGUUUAACCCAGGACAAAGUUGAUCUCAACUCGUACAUCCUCCAGCUCGAGGAGGAAAAGUCCCUCCUCCAAACUCAGAAGCGUGAAGCAGAACAAGAGAAGCUGACAAUCAGAGAUGAACUUGUGCGUUUGGAGCAGGGUCGUCUGGAGCUGGACUCUUUGAGAAUAACUCUACAACAAUCUCUUCAUGAUGCAGAGCUGAGCCGUGCAGGGAUGGAGACGGAGCUACAGAGUCUGCAAGCGGACCGGCUUAAACUGCAGGAGAGAGUCACACAGCUUUCUGGGGAGGUGACAUCCCUCAGUUCAGAGUUGAGUUUGGUCAGAGGAGAGGGGCAGAGGAACGAGGUGGCCCUGGAGGAGGUGGGACGGGGGCGCGCUGAACUGGCCCGGGAUAAAGCAGCUUUGGUGGUUCAACUGGCAGCUUCCGAAAGAGAAAAUGCACUACUGUCUGAGGAACUGUCUGCAUUUAGGUCUGAGAGAGAGGCUUUGGAGACCAGUCUGUUCGAGGUUCAUCAGCAGUUUGUUCAAAUUGAGUCCCUCAAUAAACAACUGGAGACAGAGAACCAAACACUCAGAGUCCGAUCAGAGACUACAGCAGCUGAAUUAAAACGUGCUCGGUCUGAUGGGGAGACUGCUGUGGCUCAAUUAGAAAGAGAAAAGCAGACUUUAACUCAGGCUUUAAGCAGCGUCCAAACCCAAGCCCAACUGGUCCUUCGCAAAACCAUCUCUGAACACCAGGAGGAGGUGGAGAGACUAAUCUCAGAGAAAGAAGCUUUACGUCACAACCUGUUGAUGGAUCAUGAAGCAUCGAUGAGGAAACUGAGGCAGGACACAGAGGAGCAGCUGCUUAAAGCUCAGAGUCGAAGAGAGGAACUACACGAGGAACUGAGAACCCUCCAGCACCACAGGGACCAGUGUCUGCUGCAGGCUGAGACCGACAAGCAACAGGCUCUCUCAUUAAAGGAGGCAGAGAAAGCAGCUCUGUGUGAGAAAGUCUCAGGUCUACAGGCUGAACUGUCUACUGCACUACUAGAGGCAGAGAAGUUGACCAGAGAGGUGUCCUUGUGCAAAGAACAGGAGCAGAUCAGAGUUGGAGCCCUGAAUGCUGAACUGCAGGAUCUCCGGUGUCAGCACGAGAAUUCAGCCUCUGCUCGUGAACGAGAGCUGAGCGGACUUCAGCGGAUGUCCACAGACCUCCAGUCCAGGGCUGAACUGACUUUAAGAGAGCUGGAGCAGUGCAGGGCCUCUCUCUUGGCCAGUGAGGAGACCAGGGACCAGCUCAGACACCAUUUACUGGAGGCGGAGCGUCGUCUGAACCAAACUCAGAAUUCAGUUGAUAACUUCAGGAGAGAAGUGACUGAGCAGCACCGCAACCUCGGUGACAUCACCAAAGAGAGAGACACUCUCAGCCAAUCAAACGCUCUGCUCCGAGAGACUCUGAGGAGUGCAGAGACAGACAGGAUCAGCUUGAGGCGACAAUGUGAGGAGAAGGAGCAGCGGCUGGUAGUCCUGGAGGAAAAUCUGUCAUCUGCGCAGAAGGAGGUGAUGGAGUUGCGCAGCUGCCUCCGGGAUGUGGAGCGGUCACGACUGGAGGCCCGGCGCGAGCUACAGGAACUACGCAGACAGUUGAAGGUUUUGGAAGCAGAGAAGGAGCAGCGGAGUAGAGAGGUGGCAGAGCUGCAGACUCGCCUUUCACUAGAAGAGCAAAGAGAAGAGGAGAAGAGCAGAGAGGUCUUCACUCUCAAACAGAAGUUAAUGGAAGCAGAAUCAACAAGAGAUUCCCUGAAAAAAGAACUUUCUGUGACUCAGAAGCGCCUGAUGGAUUCUGAGUCAGGCUGGCGUGGCUGUGAGAGGGAGCUGACCGCUCGGCUACAAGAGGCACACGGCUGUGAGAAGAAGCUCCAGGAUGAGGCCAAAAACCUGUCCCUCCGUGCUCAGGCAGCUCAGGAUGCAGCAGCCCAAUCCAGUCUGCAGUUGAGUGAGACACAGGGCCGACUGGCUGCCACAGAGGCCGAACUGUCCCGCUCUGAGAUCAGCAGGAAGGAGCUGGAGUUCAGACUGAGCAAUCUGCAGUCCACACUCACACGCACCCUGGGCAUCGGAGCGGGGGGCAGAGGGGGCAGAGGGAGGAGCCCAGGAGGCAGUUCUACUUCACCUGGAUCUAUGUCCCGACACCAGAGCAUCUCUCCUCUGCGCUCCUCUCUGUCUCCACCAAAAGAAGUGCAAACGAGUACCCCUGACAACACUCUGGGAUCUGGUCCUGUGUCUCCGGAGAGAACAGACACACCUCUCUCCAUCUCAGACCUGGAUUCGGACUCACUCAGGGCUGGACUCAGGGACUUCCUGCUGGAGCUGCGAGAAGCUCAAAGAGAGAGAGACGAUGUCCGCUCACAGAUGAGUGGCCUACAGCGUGAACUGGAGGAACUCAGAGGUCAAAGAGACUCUGCUCAGAGCCGCCUGGCUCAGACCCAAAACAGUUUACAAGAUAGCAAAGAAGUGAAACGUGCGGUGGAUGAGCGCCUGAGCUCCACUCAGAUGGUUCUGCAGCAGCAGGAGGAGGCUGUGCGGAGAGUGGACAGAGAGAGACGCGCUUUGACGGACAAAUUAAAAGACUUGGAGCGAGCACUGCAGACCUCUGAAGCUGACAGGAAACAUGUGCAGGAUCAACUUAACAAACAGCGGGCUGCAGAAAUGCGCCUGGAGGGAGAGAGGAGGCGGCUGCGAGAGGCACUAGAGGCAGCAGAGGCCCGGGCCACUCGAGUGGAGCUGGGGAGGCGCAGUCUGGAGGGAGAGCUGCAGAGGCUGAGGCUGAGUAUGGGGGACAGAGAGGCCGAGAGCCAACUGGCCCAAGACAGACACGACGCUCUCAUCAAACAGGUUGCUGAGGGUGAGGCGCGGGUGUCUCAGCUGCAGAGGGAGGUGGACCGACUGAAUCAGGAUUUGCUUAAAGCUCAAGAAAGUGAAACUUUGCUCAAAGAGAGAGCUGCGACUCUAAACCUAAGUGUUAGUGAGGCCAUAGCGGCUCAGAGCAGCUCACAAAGCCGCCUCUCAGUGCUGCAAAAGUCACUCUCUGCAUCAGAGCUGGAGAGGCAGCAGCUCCAGGAGCGCCUGGAUGAAACCAGAGCAUCUUUAUCUGAAAGCAGAAGAAAUAUUGCUGCUCUCAAUGAACAAGUGCAAAGCCUCCAAAGUGAACUAAAACACAGUGAAGUCAAACGAGAGGAAAUGGAGACUGAGAUCAGUCACCUGCAGGAGACCCUGCAUCAGCGCUCCAUUAGCUUAUCGGAGGCCCAGCGCUGCCUGGAGUUGUCUCUAACAGAGCGCUCUGCUGUGGAGGAUCGACUGCGCAACCUCCAGAGGGCAGUGGCCAUGUUGGAGACCGAGAAGAAAGAUGCAGAGAGGCAAGCUGUUAGGCUAGAGAAGGACAAGAAUGCUCUGAGAAACACACUGGACAAAGUUGAGCGUCAGAAGUUGAAGUCUGAGGAAGGCACCAUGCGGCUCUCUGCUGAGAAAAGCCGCUUGGACCGAUCACUAAACACGGUUGAACAGGAGCUUCAAGAUGCACAGCAACAGAUCCUAAUUCUACAGACCCAACUGUCAGAUAUGGAGCAGUCUCAUGGUAUUUGUGAGAGCCUGAGCCGACAGCGGGACGAGGCACAGCGGGAGACCGAGAGGUUAAAGGUCAACCUGAGGGACAUGGAGCGGAGUCUGGGAAUGAGAGAGAGAGCCCACCGGCACCGAGUCAAGGGACUGGAAGAACAGGUGUCCACUCUGAAGGAGCAACUACAGCAGGAGAUGAAGCAACGUCAUCCUUCACUCCAAACUCCUUUACUGUCCACUACAUAAUACAGGCAGCUUAUUCCUAUUCACUCCAGCAAUUAGCCAGGGAAAAUCUCCUCAGCACAAAUGUUGCAGACACAAAAACUAUUCAGUAAAGUCUUGUUGUAAUGCUUUUAACUACUAUGUGUAUGAAUACUGAGUGCUACACUGAGCAGAGAUGAGAGGCAGCUGUGGUCUCGAUGCCAGACCAACUCCAGGAUAACAUCUGCUAUUAAUCCUGGUUUAACUCUACCAAACUUCUUUUUAUUGUGGAGGAAACCCAAACCUUUGAGGGAUCCUCUUUGACUGAUUCUGGGCGAAAUGCAGGAAUGGAAAUGACAAAGAUGGACUGUGUAGUUUCUUGACAUUUAUAUCAACAUUUAAAACGCUACUUUUUAUAAUGAAGGAGAAUCAAGCACAAACAGCGUGUAUCUAAUUUAAAAUGUUUUAAAAAACCCUGCUUUUUAGUAUUAUUUUAAUAGCCUUACAUUUUUACAAUUGAUCCACUAACAAUAUUAAAUAAUUCUAAGAGUAUUGUAUUACGUAAACAUGUAAACCAUGGGUCUAAUGAAAUAAACCACUACUGCAACCAC